AUGUCUGAAAAAUACGACGCCCAUCAAAAUGGAACCACAACAUGCACGGUCACGCCGCCACUCUCUCCAACGCACGUCUUCAAGCUCGCCUACGCUCUGGCUUUGCCCGGCCGCUUCCACCGCGAUCUUGCGCGGCUGAUGAAGUGUGCCUUGUCGUACGAACACGGUCGCAAACGAACUCCCAGCGCCGAUGUCGACAGCAGCCGCUCCUACGGGCGUGGCUUCCACGAGGCUUGCCUUGUUGCCCAGGGCUUCUACCAGAUUGAGUCGGAGGGCAGUGACGACGACGACGACGACGACGGUGGCGGCGACCGGUCGACACUGCCCGCCCGCAUCGACCGCGUCUGGACCGCCACGCGCCUGUUUCUGCUGCGCGGCAUGGUCAGCAUGGGCGACGGCAACGGCAACGUCGUCGAGCGCGUCGAGGCCGUGCCGAACCCGGCAACGCACGCCUGUGUGGACGUGCCCAUCUACGGCGAGGGCAGCGAUGGCGGCAAAACAAAAACGGCGCGGGCGGUUCCCUGGGCCCCGAUCCGGACGUGA